GGAGACUUUGGAAAGUUUGGUUCUUAAGAAGCUCUGUGAUUGUACUCUGUGAAGAUGUGCUCCACGCUGCGCUUGUUGGUGCUUAUAAGCAUAAUUGGUUGUGUCGAACUGAUCACAGUCAGCACUCCACAGAAAUAUGUCAAUGUUACACUGGGUGGAAGUGUCCAACUCCAGUGUAUGUUUGAGACUUCUCAGCCGACCACUGGUCUCACCAUCCAGUGGGACCUUUAUUCAAAGUACUCCGUGACGCCACAGCAGGUGUAUUAUUAUCAAUCAGGAAAGGACGUCAUUACAAAAGCUUACGAAGACAGACUUCAGGCUCCUUCUUCACCCGCCACGACCAAAAACGCCUCAAUAAUAAUAAGCAACAUGCAGUCAUCAGAUGCCGGAGUCUACACUUGUGAGAUUCAUAACAUUCCUGAUGUGUAUGGAAAGUCUCAGGCCAGUAUCAUCGUGAAUGUUCUUGAGAGGCCCUCUACUCCUUAUUGCUCCGUCCAUGGUGAUGUGGAAUCGGGCCACCUGGUCACUCUGACCUGCCACAGCGAGCGUGGGAGCCCGACCCCGACAUACAAAUGGACCAGACUGGAUCAGGCUAAGACCAGGAUGCCUGUACUGGGAAGAACCACCAAAACUGGAAUACUGGAAAUCAGGAACAUAUCUGAGUUUCAGUUUGGGGAGUACCAGUGCAACGCUACAAAUGCAGUGGGAUCUUCAAUCUGCACUAUAGAGCUGAGUCAUGAAGUGGGAGAUGGAGUGAUUGCUGGUGCAGUGAUCGGCGCGUUGCUCGGGUGUGUCCUGAUCAUCCUGGUCGUGUGGUUCAUCGCUCACACUGUAAAGAGACACAAAUACAAAGCGGUGAAAGCAGCUGAGGCCAACGAGAUGAAGAGGAGCCCUCCGCAGGCCCAGGAAGCCUCGGAUAGUGUUCCCGUGGCAACCACAGCCAGCAGCCUCCAUGCUGAGGAAGAUGAUCCACAAGCCUAAAAAAAGGCCUGUUGAAAACAACUGGAGCAACAUCACUAUUCUCAACAACAGGAUGUUCAGUCUUUAAUGUACGUCAUUCUCAAAUGCAAUCAAUGAGAUACAGCCUGUUCUCGUGUUUGAAGGUGCAUUUUCCCACGUGUUUUUCUGAAUCAAGAAAGCUUCAAUUGAAUCUUUUUUCAUAUGCCAUUUUUUCUUACUUAAAAUUAGCUUGAAUGUAGACACAAUGUUUGUAGUGCUUUUGUUUUUACUAUUUCUUAGUUAGUAUGACAGUCAUGUUAAUGAGCCCUGCAUUUGAUACAAGCUACAUAACAACAAAUAUUUGAAUUUAUUGUGUGAAAUACAGUGUUUUUGUAUGAUCACUGAGAUACACUGUGUAGGGAAGCUCAUUCCA